AUGAAAAUAUUUCUCACGGGUGGAUCUGGUUACCUUGGGCGCAACUUUAUCGAAUACGCGUUUAAAGAAGACCCUCGCCUUUCCAUAAUUGUUUUAUCACGCUCUAGCAUUGCGGACGAUCGAAUAUUGCGAGCUGCUGAAAAUGCUCGUAAUGGUCGAGAAAGAGUUCGAAUCAUUAGGGGUGACAUGCAUGAUGAAGAUGCAUUAAGGGAAGAUUUUGAAAAAAUAAACAUUCAAGGAACUCAAAUACUAGUUGAUAUUCUGAAAUCACUUCCAGCAUCUGUUGACCCACCACGUCUUGUUCAUAUUUCUUCAUUCACUGCAAAAAUAGCAAAUCAUAUUCCAGGAGAUGUAUUACCUGAUUGGGCACCAUAUUCUAAAUCCAAACAUUUAACUGAGGCCCUUGUUGCAAACUCGAAACUCAAUGAUGUAGUUAUUCUUCGACUAGGUUGGCUAUGGGGUAAAGAUGAUGAUGUGCUCCUACCACAGAUCUAUCGUCUACAAAAGAAUCCCAUCUGGAAAGUUUCUCCUCCGGCAUAUCCGCUCUCUAUCCAACACAUCACAAACGCGUGUGAAUCAAUUUACUGCGCAUCAACUGUCGAAACAACACCCUCGCUGAUUUACGAAUUCAAAGAUCGCGAAAGCGAUAUAGAGAUCGAGGAUUUUGUGGAGAUGUACGUUGGUGCUGCGUAUGAUCUGAAAAAAGUGAUGCGUCCAUUUAACAGACUUCGGGCACCACAAUCUUUGAUUUUCGGUAUCUUCACGUUUGUGGAAUGGAUACCGUUUUUAGGGUAUGGUACCAAAUGGGUUUUCGAUGGGUUCAGUAGGGAACCUUUGUAUAUUCUUUAUCAUGAUUAUCGAUUGAAUGAUGAAAAAGCGAGAGGAGAACUUGGAUAUGCUGCAAAGAUUUCAAGAGAAGAAGGAUUGAACGAAUUGAUUGAAAAGAAAAUAAAAUAA